CAAUGAAAAUAUUGGAUGACAUUAAAUAGUAAGUAGAGAAAGAAAUGUUAAAAUUUGAUCCACGAUUAGCUUAAAAGAAAUAUUUAAAGAUGACAGAAUCAAUAAAAGAUUUAUUCCUAAAAGCUGUAAUAUCUGAAAAGUAAACUAUAAAAUCGGUGAUAUAUCAAUUUUUAUGAUUGUAGGCUGCUAAUUCAAUAGGUAUAAAUUACUCAUCAGCUAAAGCCAUUUGGGCAGAAUUUAGAAGGAAAAAAUCAAAGAAGAAAAAGUAGAACAAUAAAGAAGAAUCAGAUGAGAAAAUAGAAAAUCAAUUAGUAAAAAGAUGUUCAUAUAAAAUAUUAAAUGGUUGUAAUAAAAUUAAGAAAUUUUGGAUGGAAAUAAAAUCAUCUGUUUCAUAGAAUUUGAAUUCAACUCACUUUUGUAAGUUGGACUCUCAUAUUUGA